AUGUUUCUAGCGAUGAGGUUAAGCGGUUAUUCUAUUCUCAUCUCGAUUCUUCUAGGCUGGUACGGGGUGGGCUUCAAAUUACCAGUUAUCGGCCAUCGCCACCCGUCAGCCCACCAAAGUGAUCCCCUCGAAACGGAAACUAUCUUCCUUAAGUUUAACGAGAGAAACACCGCUCCUAGUCGAUGUGAGUUUGCUUGCACUUACCUGUCCAAGACAUACGCGGACACCGUCGCGUUCCCUGGGAGCGACAAAUACAGCCAGUUCCAAGCGAGUUUUUGGUCGCAGCAGCAGUCAAAAACCCAGCCAAUGUGUAUUUUCCGCCCGAAGAACGUGAGCCAAGUGUCCUUCGCCAUGUUCGUAAUCACACAAGUCAACUGUACAUUUGCUGUGAGAAGUGGUGGACAUGCUACGUUUCCAGGCGCAUCUAAUAUCCAGGAUGGUAUGGCAUUCGACAUGAGAUCCAUUAACGACAUCAUUAUAGCGCCAGAUCGAAAGACUGCGAUUCUGGGCACAGGGAAUACCUGGUAUGAUGUAUAUAAAGCACUGGAGGUCCACAACCUCAUAGCCGUGGGGGCGCGUGCUGGUGAUGUAGGGGUUGGAGGCCACAUUCUUGGAGGUGGCAUCUCUUUCCUAUCCAAUCUGUAUGGCUGGGCUUGUGGUAACGUCAUAAACUAUGAGGUUGUGGGCGCUUACGGUGGGAUUCUCAAUAUCGAUGCUCAGAGACCAGAGAUGUUCUUCGCGUUAUGUGGAGGAGGGAACAAUUUUGGAAUCGUAACCAGGUUCACCGUGAAUAUAUACCCCCAAGGUCCGAUGUGGCAAGGGCUGCGAGAGUUCAGCAUGGAUCACAAACAGGCUGUUCUCGAUACAUACGUGAACCUCGGGAGAGCAAUCAUCAAGGAUCUCAGGAGCAGCAACGGUUUCAUAGCCUUUACCGUCACGCAGGAAGCGGAAAGGAUCAGAGCGCACCUGGAGAAUGCGGAUGGAAUUCCAUACCCUCCAAUAUUUGCAGAGAUGGAAGCCAUACCCACUGUUUUUGAAUCGUCUAAAGUCCAAUACAUGUCCGAAAUAACAAAAGCUUUGGCGAAUGAAACCCCACCGGGGUCACGAUAUACACACUGGACAUACACGUUUAAAUUGGAUGCUUGGCUCGUGAGGUUCGUAGCAGAUACAUUUCUUGCAACAAUAAACCCUCUUAGAGCGAUCAGGGGUAUCGUCGUUGAAUGCAAUUUCCAAACCGUCACGGAGCCAAUGUUAUCACAAAUGAAGGGAAACGCAUUCGGUCUGUCAGUUGAAGGUGGACCAUAUACCCUACAUCUCCUCUCCGCAGCAUGGUCCAACGAAGCAGAUGAUGAGACGAUCUACAGGACCUUCUCCAACAUGAUACAAACAAUCAAAGAGGAAGCCAAUGAAUCCGGCGUGCACACCGAUUACCUCUUCAUGAACUAUGCAAGCCAGUUCCAAGAUGUGAUUUCCAGCUAUGGGGCCGACAAUGUCCAGCGGCUGAGGGUGGCCUCAUAUAACGAUGAUCCGGAAGGGUUUCUCAGGGAAUUGCAACCAGGAUAUUUCAAAUUGAACGGCAGUGCGCCGGCUGAAUUGCGGAAAGGUUGA